UGGGUCCGCGGUCACACUGGUCACACUGCAUGCCUGGAACUAGAAAUUUGUAAUAAAUUUUAAAUUUAAAAUAAUGUAAAUAUAAAUGCAAACAAAUUAUAUAAAUUAAAUUUAUAGAAAAGUCUUUUCGGCGGUAUAAUGCGGCAAAGUGCGGCAAAAAUAUAGCAGGUCGAUCAACUGCACGGUAACGAUAAACAAUUAAAAAAUAAUUUCUUUAAUAAAGUAAUAAAACCCAAUUCCAAUUGCGACAAAAACACCGCCGCGAACUGAAUGCGGCCAAAAAGUGUUUCACCUACCUCCUCCAUCAGCGUCCGCUCCACCAAAAAGCAGCAAGGGACGCAACGGGCGACGAAAGUUUCCUAAGCAAUUCUAAAUCUAUCGAAAGCGAAAACGAAAACGAAUACCAAAAUCCAAACAGAGCGCAGAUAUCGUUUGCAUGUAACGAGUGCAUUUUAUGGACGACUCAGAUUCAUUUGCUUGUUGGAAGUCAGCCGGACGUUGAGCGAGCAACUGAAAACAGAUCACAAUAUACCCAAAAUAUCCAUUCAGCUGUGUCCCAGCUAAACAAAAAGCAUCCACACACUCAUCCCACAAAUCGAAUCGAAUAAGAAUCACAUCAUCAAUAGAGAGAGAGAUAGAACAUCGGGUAGGAGCAUGAGCCUGUGGAAGCGCAUCUCCAGCCAUGCCGACUGCGAGGCUCGUAUGGCAGCCUACUACGAUGAGAAGGGUCUCUUCGACCUGCGUCUCUGCUUGGCGGCCUGGAUCGAAGACAGAAUAAUGUCCGAACAGAUCACACCAAACUCUGCGGAACAACUGGAGCGCGUGGCCCUCAAGUUCAACGAGGAUCUGCAACAGAAGCUACUCUCGACGCGCACGGCCAGCGAUCAGGCACUCAAGUACCGAGUGGUAGAGCUUUGCACCCAAAUCCAGCGCACCUCUGCCCUCGAGCUGUACACGCAUUUGCGCGGCGGAUUACAAAAAGAGCUGCAGCUAGCGACGGAGAAGAGUGUGGCUACACCAGGUCCAUCGAUGCCCCUCAGUCCCUACAACAUGAACAAUCCAUCCGGCUACAUGGAUCCCAGUGAAAUGAUGGCCGUUCAGCCAGCGGUUGGCGCCGGUUUGGGAGUCAUUCACAAUGCGCUAGGCACGGCAAAGGUGGAGCUGUUCGAGAUCGAGCAUCAGAUACUGCAGUACUUUAAUGAAUUCAGCGCCUGCGGCAACUCCCUGAAGAUGCUCGUCCAGAACUACAGCUACAUGCUGAACUCCACAGGAUCCCCAAAUCCCGAGGAGGCGUUCAAAUGCCUGAUGACGGAGAAAGCGGCCAUUGUGACGGCCCUAUGCCGGAGCUAUAUAUGCUACGAGCCGCUGCAGGAGCUGAUUAUCAGCGAACUGAAUAACUGGCGCCGUCAACAGGCGCUGGCCGGCAAUGGGGCCCCUUUCCAAGAGAGCACUCUUGAUCAGAUUCAGCGUUGCUUCGAGCUACUCGAAUCCUUUAUUGGCCACCUCCUGGCGGCCGUCAAAGAGACGCUUCGUGUGCAUCUCGUCAACGACGAGCCAGAACUGAACAAUCUGCUCGAGCGGGUGAGAGGUGCACAAAAGAAUCUGGUGUGUGCCGCCUUCAUUGUGGACAAACAGCCGCCACAGGUGAUGAAGACAAAUACGCGCUUUGCGGCCUCUGUCCGCUGGCUGAUCGGCUCCCAAUUGGGGAUACACAAUAAUCCGCCCACCAUUGAGUGCAUCAUCAUGUCGGAGAACCAGGCAAAUCGUUUCGUUACCCGCGGCACCCAAAUGGACAGCACCCUGGCUGGUCAGUCUUCGGGAGAAAUACAGAACUGCUCCAGCACCAUGGAAUACCAACAGAAUAACCACAUCUUCUCGGCCAGCUUCAGGAACAUGCAGCUGAAGAAGAUCAAGCGGGCCGAAAAGAAGGGCACCGAGAGCGUAAUGGACGAGAAGUUUGCCCUGUUCUUCUAUGCGACGACCACAGUCAACGAUUACCAGAUUCGUGUGUGGACCCUGUCGUUGCCGGUGGUGGUGAUUGUUCAUGGCAACCAGGAGCCACAGUCGUGGGCCACCAUCACCUGGGACAAUGCCUUUGCGGAUAUUGUACGGGAACCGUUUGCGAUCACCGAUCGCGUGACCUGGGCCCAGCUCUCGGUGGCGCUUAAUACCAAAUUUGGGUCAAGCACACAGCGGGCCCUGACCAGGGAUAACCUGGACUUUCUCUUUGAGAAGCUGCAGCGCGAUGAGCGUAGUGAUUAUAUUACGUGGAAUCAGUUCUGCAAGGAGCCGCUGCCCGAUCGCAACUUCACCUUUUGGGAAUGGUUCUUUGCCAUCAUGAAACUCACGAAAGACCAUCUGAUGGGCAUGUGGAAGGCCAGCUGCAUUAUGGGCUUUAUCAACAAGGCCAAGGCGCAGGAUGAUCUCAUGCGUUCGGCCACGGGCAUUGGCACCUUUCUGUUGCGCUUCUCCGACAGCGAAUUGGGUGGCGUUACCAUUGCCUAUGUUAAUGAAUACGGAUCGGUUACCAUGCUUUCGCCAUGGACUGCACGUGAUUUUCAGAUCCUCAACCUGGCCGAUCGCAUACGCGACUUGCAUAUGCUGCGGUGGCUACAUCCGAGCGACACCAAUGGAGUGCCCCAGGAACGGGAUCGCGCAUUUGGCGAGUUCUACUCAGCUCGUGAUGGUACGAAUGAACCCAAAGCCGGCUAUGUGAGAAGCACGUUACACGUCCAGGUACGCAAUGCGAUUGGAGAUAAUGGUUCCAUUAUUGGGACACCACAGCAUCCCAUACCAUCUCCGCCGCAGGAUAGUAGCAUGUCAAUGGGAAACAUUUGUGAAACGACAAACAACUCUACCAAGAGCAAUGCAUGCAAAUUGCCACCACACCCUAAACACAAAACAAAAAACACCUGCAGCACACAGCAGCCAAUUAAUUGUAUCUAUUACGAUUCUAAUUAUGUGUGAUCUAUGGAUAACUUUAAGGUUUUCCAUUGGAGUGUGUCCGCAUGUUAUUCGUUUUUUAUACACUACAUAUAUAUUUUUUUUAUACAUACAAUACGAUAUAUUUUUAAUUUGUUUAAAUACUGUGUGACAAAGCAUUCAUUUUACGACGAAUUGUGACGAGAGAAUCGAUUUAGUUAGCGAGUAACUAUUUGUUGAAUCUAAAUUUUUGAUUUUGAUUGUAAUUUUAAAGGAUUUAUUUUUAAACCAACUAUCAAAUCUUACCAACUAAACUACCUUCGAGUUAAGGUCUAAGUUAAACGAAGGAGCAGCGAAGGCAAAUUUUAAUUGCAUUUUAGUUUUAAUUGUAUUAUUUACAUAAUAUUGUGAAAUGCUUUAUGUGAGAGAACCCUUUAGAACCCUACUGCCCCCUUUAUUGGCUUCCAAUGCUGAAAAUGCGCAAAAAUCUAACCGAUCCGUGUAUAUUUUUAAUUGUUUGUGUUUGAGUAUGAGUUUUGAGUUUUGAGAGUCCAGGGCACAGUUUGCAAUGCAUUUCAAAUGCGACAAAUGCGAUUGCCUUUAGUCAGUUUUUAUGGAGAAACACGAGGAGAACACGAAAUACAUAUGUACAUUAUAUAUGAGUAACAAGAGCAUAAUAUUUUUUCUACACAACCAUAAAA